AUGUCUUCCUCCGAUGACCCCUACACGUUGAACAGUACACAAAAGGCCCUUCGCUCCGUCAUCAUCGCCUCCAUCAGCAUCACCGGUGCUUUCAUCGCGACACGCUGCUGGAUCCGCGCUCGAUUACAAAUACAGUUCAGUGUCGACGACUACCUGCUCGUCACUGCAUUCAUAAUCUUUAUUUUACAAACAUGUUUCGGUCUGUUUGCGAUGGACUAUGGCGGCUUUGGCCGAAAGACGUCAGACCUGUCUAAAGACGUCUACAACAUGGGCUUGAAGUGGUUGGUCCUCACGCAAUGCACCUACACGCUCGCCCUGAUGUUCGCCAAGUUGAGCAUCGGGCUCCUGCAGCUACGCGUCAUGGGCCUCUCCACCAUGACACUACGGCGCAUGCACUACGGUUCUAUCGCUGUCAACAUUGCCGUUGGCCUGAAUGAGUUCUUCAUGCUGCUCUUGCAAUGCUACCCGAACCAGAUCACCGGCGAGUACCAGCCCGUCAUCAUCACGAAUGCCGACUGCACCGAUCGCAACCCCAUUCUCAUCAGCGUCUACGUCUACUCGGGCGUCAACAUCGUGCUCGACUGGUACUACUCGCUCGCCAUGGUGCCACUGAUCUGGCGCCUGCAAAACAUGAAGACCAUCGUCAAGAUCUCCGCAAUCAUUAUCCUCGGCAUGGGCAUAUUCGCAUCCAUCGCGACCAUCGUCCGCCUCAAGUACCUCGUCGGCUUCGCCGACUCGAGCGACCCGCUCCUCGCCAUCGUCCCCAUCGGCCUGCUGUCCUGGAUCGAAGAGUGCCUCGGCAUGUGCGCCGCCUGCAUCGCCACCUUCCGCCCGCUACUACGCCUCGUCCCGGGCCUGACGUCGUCGCGCGGCGGCGGCGUCGGCGGCGUCGGCCUGGAUCGCCCGUAUCGGAGCGGCGAAAACAGCGGCGAAGGGCAGGCGAACAUGUUUGUUACGUGGAAGAGUCGGCUGCAUUCGAGCACUGUUGCCGCGAAGGGGAGGAGGGCGAGGGCGAAGGGGGUGGAUGGAUUGAGGAUGCACGAGCUGGAGCUGGGAUACUCGGAAAUGGAGAGGUCAGUGGAUGAUGAUGGAGACGAUCGGACUAGGGUCCACGACGAGGAGAGCGGGCGGAGGAGGCCGAGCGACGCCAGAGGCGCCGUCGACGUGCGGCACAGCGACGACGCUAUCCGCACGAAUCGCUACCAUCCGAUCGAUGAGGAGACGACGACCACGACGACGAGUAGCGGCAGCGGCAGUGGCAAGGACACGGCCGAAAUCCAGACAGUGCUCGACGAUGCGGACAGCCAGAAAAGCAUAUUGCAGCACAAGUCGGAGUCGUUACUGACGGCAGGGGAGUCGUGGAGGAAGUAA